UAACUUAUCUUUUGCCGAACCCGUCAGGAUAUAACCAAGUAAGUAACUACAAAAGAGUGAACGCCGCGAAUACAGUUCCAGAAACUGCCCUUUUACUCAGUUUCGUUUGUAUACGUUUCUUGAAUUUUGUUUACGGUUUAGUAGUUUGUAUCUUCAUUACCAUACAUCAAUGCAAGAUAAGAUUCUCCUGAAAUGAUCUAUACCAAAACUCUUUCUGUCGCUUCAAGUUGUUUGUAAAAGUCAUUUAGCACUCAAUAGCGACUGGGGCUGAGGAAGCCAUCGGUGUAUGGCUUACCUCCUAUUGCGGCUGUGGAAAUGAGCUGCUGGCCAAAAGGCGCUUUACCAAUUUGCCUUCUUCUUGCAACAAACGUGUUAUGGAGUUCAGGUUGCCAAAAGCAGAGUUUCACUCAUAAACCCGCUAAGCCCACUCAUGCCUACGUUGGUAGUAAUGUUUCUUUAGAAUGGCGCUACUGCCAGCCGAGUCAUUUCAAACUUUACGAGGUGGCGUUUGGUUUAUGGACGAGUUCCCCAGGUGUUCUGAGUAAAAAACUUGUAGCAGUCAGUAGGAGUGGUUCGGUCCAAGUAAGAGCAGGAUACGAAGGCUUAAUUAGUUGGGCAGGAAAUUUGGUAUCUUCCCAUGCAGUGUUUGUGCUUUAUCAUGUGCAGUCCGCAGACGAAAACAAAGUAUUUGGAAUCCAUGUCGAGUACAGUGGUUUAAAUUCACCAUUAAUAGACACAGUACAGCUUCAAGUCGAGACAGAACGUAAGUAGCAAUUUCAUACAAGUUUUAGGGUUGUUACAGGUUUGAAAAGGACUGAUCAUCAAUUCAGAGUUUCAGAGCAGUUUCUAGAUCGAGUUGUACGC